GAAUAAGACACUUAAGUGAUCCGGUGCACCGACGCUACACUUUGUGUGGACGACUUUAAUAUCUAUUUUUUUGGUUGUGUUGUGUUUUUUUUUUUACAGUUACAGCAGUUUGUGUGGCAUUGUCUGUGAACUCGGACGUUCUUUGGAGAAGCUUUAUUUCUGUCCGUGCGUAUUUUUGUGUUUCGACGCUCCGGUGAAAUUACACCCCAUCGGACUUUUUUUUUUUUUUUUUUUUUUUUUUUUUUUAAUUAAUUUUUUUUAAACUAACUCCAAAGAAAAGUCACCAUGGCAGAGACGUCGGCAACUCCAGCCAAAGCCAAAAAGGCUAAGCCCAAGAAACCUGCUUCUCAUCCCAAAUACUCGGAGAUGAUAAAAGCAGCCAUCGCUCAGGACGCCAGCCGGAACGGAGCGUCCCGACAGUCCAUCCAGAAGUACGUGAGGAAGACCUACAAGGUGGGCGAGAACGUGGAUGUGCAGAUCAAACUGGCCCUGAGGAGGAUGGUGGCAGCCGGGAGCCUGCGCCACACCAGAGGCAUCGGCGCCUCCGGCUCCUUCAGGUGGGCCAAACCGGAGGACUCCAAAAAGACAACCAAGCCACCGGCACCUGCCAAACCAAAGAAGGCAGCAAAGCCCUCCAAACCCAAGAAGGCGGCUAAGCCCAAGAAAUUGGUCAAAACGCCGGAAAAACCCAAGAAGGCGGCUGUGAAGAAAGUGAAGAAGGUGGUUAAAAAGGCGACACCAGUGAAAGCGAAAAAGGCAGCAGUUAAGAAAGCAACCAAGACGGUCAAGUCCAAGGCAAAACCAGCAAGGAGGGCAGCCAAGCCCAAGGCGAAGACCCCCAAAAAGGCAGCCAAAACAGCCAAGAAGAAGUAAAAGGACAAUAUCAGAGAGACAAAGUCACUGUAAAUACUUAAGGAAAUGUUUUCGUAUAUGUAUUAUUUUUGUAAAGUCAUGCAAACUUAUGCUGUUUUUACCAGUAGUUUUCUCUCCAUUGCACUAUAGCUUAUGGAUGCUGUAGAAAUAAUUGUGAGCAUUUUUAUUUGGGGGUUAAUAAUACUGUUAAUUUCCAUCCGACCCUUGGAUACAUACUGGGUGGACUAGGGUCUUUCUGAAAAGUGGAAAAAAAAAAAAAAAUGACAUACAGUUGAGUUUAUGAAUAGUCAUCGUUAGUGCACGGGGUCAUACUGAUGAGCAUUGUUGAGCCUUUACAAUGUACAGACCAUAGGCAGUGGACGUCAGCAAGGUUUCCCUAAAGGCUCUAUAGAUGUCAUUCAAACUCCAUUCUGUAGAUUUCCUCACGUUCAGACGACUCGUGCUAUACAAACAUCCCACUGUGUUCAGUCACUUUUAAAGACUGUUUAUACUGAAAUAAAGUAAAACCUUUGUCAUCUUCUACUAAA